AUUGUCCCUUGAUACACAGCUACUUUUAGCAGCAGUCAUUUUGCAGUAAGCAGCUGGAUGAAGACGACAAGAAAAAUCUUCACGGGCCUUUCUGUGAGAAUGAGACAGUGAGACUCACUGGUGCCUAGCUGUGGGUAGCAGUGGCUCACUGUCUGGAUAUGAAAAGGUUUCUUUGAAAAGGAGCUCCACAAACUAGCCAAAGCUUAAUGGGAAUUGCAUGAAGGAGGCGUCUCCUAGCUAGUGAAAUGUGAAGAUGUCUAUAAAGUCACAAUCAUUGUUUUGUUGAUGGAAACCCUGAAACCCUGCCGUAUGAGAAUACUGAAGAAAUCUCCUGCGGCUUACCGAACGUCAUGUCAGUAGGAUCACCCUCCUCCCCAGGCGGGCCCAAUGGUAUCAUUAGAAGCCAGUCUUUCGCAGGCUUCAGCACCCAGCAAGAAAGAAGAUCUAGGUCUCAUUCCUUCAUUGCAAAUAACGGAGCUCUGAGAAAACCACAAGGAAAACUAAAGAAAAUGAAUGCUUCGUCCUACAAAAACAAUUGCACACCCAAAGAUGUGGAGCCAAAGCGAAUGGAGGAAGUGUACGAGUCUCUGAAGAAAGGACUAACUGAAUACCUGGAAGUGCAUCAAGCAGAAUUGGACAAGCUAACUACUCAGCUAAAAGAUAUGAAGCAUGACUCCAGACUGGGCAUCUUGUAUGAGCUGGAUAAGCAAAUCAAAGCAAUUGAACGAUAUGUCCGAAAGCUGGAGUUCCAUAUCAGUAAGGUGGAUGAGUUGUAUGAGACAUUUUGCAUCCAGAAAAGGCUUCGCGAUGGAGCUUCCAAAAUGAGACAGGCCUUUGCAAUGUCUCCUUCCACUAAAGGUGCUCGGGAAAGCCUAGCUGAGAUAAACAAGAGCUACAAAGAAAACACAGAGGCAUUAUGCUCACUGGAGGGAGAGAUUGGAAGCCUGCUGGGAGAAUUUCACAUUAAGAUGAAAGGUUUAGCCGGUUUUGCACGCCUUUGCCCAGGAGAUCAAUAUGAGAUCUUCAUGCGCUAUGGACGUCAAAGGUGGAAAUUAAAAGGCAAAAUAGAAGUAAACGACCGACAAAGCUGGGAUGGAGAGGAGAUGGUUUUCUUACCUCUGAUUAAUGAAUUCUUCUCAAUUAAGGUGUUGGAGUUGAAGGGAUUGGCUACUCAUCUCCUGGUUGGAAGUGUCAUCUGUGAAACUAAGGACUUGUUCAUAGCCAGACCACAAAUGGUUGCCGUUGACAUCAAUGACCUUGGAACUGUUAAAUUAAACCUUGAGGUCACUUGGUAUCCAUUUGACAAGGAAGACCUGACUCCAUCCACCGGCAAUCUGAAUAAAGCCUCCAGUGUACAAAGACGAUGUUCUGUCUACAGCCAAAACACCCCAGAAACCCCCACCUUUGAAGACUUCUCCUUCUUUUCUUCGCAGCUUGAGGAUGACAUCUUUGAUAAUGAGAACUUGACCAGUGAGUCCAUUUCAUUUAACCAUGGCUACCUUACAAAUGGCACAUGUUUCAGCCAGCCUAGUUUGACACCCACUGGCCGGGUUUACUCCAAUCCUGAAAUCACAGUGACUCCACCCGAUAUUCAAGAUGAAGACUAUGAAUCUCAGAUUUCGGCUGCUGAGACAAAUGAUAUAUCAAUAGCAGCAAACGAAACAGAGAGAACUGGUGAUCCAAAUGCACUUCAAUCAGACCAAGGAGAAGAGGUGACAGAUAUUGGAGACCUGUCGUCUGUACAAGUAGGAUGCCAGAAACAGGGAUCUAGCCAAGAAACAGGCAUAUUUUUAGAAUCCAGUGACACAGUGGGAAUCCUUCAAGAUUCAGAUGAGCUGUCUGAUGUAAAACCUGUUGAAUUGGAUGCAUAUGAAGGCAAUCUAACCAAACAAUUGGUGAAGCGAUUAACUUCAACAGAAAGGUUACUAGCUCCUGAUGGACAAGAAUUCGAUGCCUGUAUAUCGAGCGGAUGUGAAGGAACCAGGCCAGUGCUGGAGAUGAGCCUGGAGGAAGCUCUGCAGGGUCUUCUUCUAUCAUUGGAGCCACACAAAGAGCAAUAUAAAGAGCUUCAAGAUUUAGACCAAGAAGUCAUGAAACUUGAGGACCUGUUAAAGUGCAAACCGAAUACAAACAGAAGCAGAUCAUCCAGUUUAAGUCUGACUGUUGAAAGUGCUUUAGAAAGCUUUGACUUCCUAAACACAUCAGAUUUUGAUGAGGAUGAUGGUGGUGAUCAUGAUGCCAACUCUGAAUGUUCUGACAUUGAGGCUCGGAAAAAUAUUUGCUCAGAGCAUCCAGAUGCCAGGGGUCAUCUCAGUGAGGCACUGACAGAAGACACAGGCGUUGGCACUAGUGUUGCUGGAAGUCCUCUCCCACUUACCACUGGAAAUGAAAAUCUCGACCUCGCCAUUGUCAAACACUUACAGCAUUCUGAAAAGCUCUUUCAGCAACUUUUGUCAUUUGAAGAAUGGCCAAUCAUUCGGGACAGCCUGCUGGCUAAGAUUUCCCAGCAGACCCAUGUACUUGAAAACCUGGCUGAGCUCAGUACAGAGAAACCAGGAAAUAUUAAUCCUGCAUUAGAAGUUAUUCCACAGCUACGGAGAAAUCAGGCUUUACUCUCCAGCUGGCUCGAGAGUUCCAGUUCAGGAAGUACAUUUUACGCUCCAGUGGACAGAUUGAUAAAACAACUGAGUCUCCAUUUUGGCAAAAAUGUGAACGAGAGAUGUCCAGGCCACUCUGAAACAGUCUUUCGAACCCUUGUGAAUCAGAUGCUCGAUAAAUCUGAAUUGUUCACUGCCCCUGACGCACAGGAAGUAAUAACUAUCUGCCAGUUUGUUAACUAUUUGACAAGUCACAACAUAUCUGAUUUUGGAGAUCACCUGACAGAGCUGGCAAAUGAAGUUGUGCUGCUGCAGACCCUUCAAUCCUUGCAACCAGAAAAGACUUUAGAGACACUGGAGGAGCAGCCAGCUCAGAACCUUCAACCUCUAGAGGAGACCUUAAAGGCAAUUGCUUUCCUUCUAUUGGAAACAAACAAUGAUCUAGUGCAGGCUGCCACUUCUUUCCUCAACACAGCAUCAACAAACAAAAAUUUCAGAGAAAAGGCUUUGCUCUACUACACCAAGGCAUUGACCCAACCCAAUGUAAAGAUACAAAGGGCUGCUUGCACAGCGCUAAAAUGCAUUAAAGCUUGUGAAAGCAUUGACAUUCUGGUGAGUUUGUGCCAAUCUGAGAGAGAACUCCUCCGGCAAGCCGCUGCUGAAUCACUCCUCUCGCUAGGUGAGUGCUUUUCCAUGUGGAUGAGCCACAUAGUGGCUAGAUGUUCAAUUUUUUGUUACAGUUUAGGCCAGCUAGUCCAAUCAGUGCUCCAGCUGUCAGAUUCCUUGUGUUGAGGCAACACCAAGGCGGUGAAUGCAGUUGUUUGACAGCUCUCCUGACCCGGCUGGGAGGCAGCUAUAGUAACCCGUGACGUUGCUCUUGCCACCCAAAGACCAGAACCAGAAGUAUUAAACUGUCAAACCUAACCAUUUCUUUUCGAACACU